AUGUCCAAUGCAUACCCAGAAUACGUUGAAGAAUUUAGUAUUGAAAUUUCGGAUUUCGAUCCUAUUAGCCCUACAUGCCAUAUAUCUCUACCUGACACCAUGCCAAAACGAAAUAACAGUGUUAUAAAUAUGCAGAAUAAUGAUGAAUGGUGCUUUGGAUGGUGCGUACUUGGAGCCUUGCACCCAGUUAAAGUCCAUCCAGAAAGAAAUCCGCACCUGAUAUAUGCUAAUUAUAUAAAUGAGUUAAAUAUGAAGGGCAUUCCAGUUCCUGUGCCAGUAUCAACGCCAGUAUACCAAAAAUUCGAAGAAAAUAAUCCUGAAAUUAGUCUUUGUGUGUAUAAAUGGUCCAAUGAAAAUAAGCGCAUUGAGUUCCAGUAUAUAUCAGAAAAGAGGAAGAAAGAUUACAAAGAGGUUAAUCUUCUGGUUAUCUCAGAGCCAGAUGAAAUAGAAAAUCCGCGCUCACAUUAUUGUAUAAUUAAAGACAUUCAUAGACUGGUUUAUAACCAUAGAAUAAAUGGUGCGCCACAAGAGCCAAAAGUUCCAAAAUUAGAAAAGAGUACCACCAAGGCAUUCUAUAACCAUAAAUGCAUGCAGGCAAACCCAUAUCGAAUAUUUUGGGAUCUGGAAUGCUUAACUACAAAAUUAACUUCAGAAGAAGAUGCUCAAUUAACCCGCACUGAAAAAAUUCAGAGGCACAUACCCUGUGGAUAUAAAAAAUUCGUAGAUAAAUUAGAAGUAGAACUAGCAGAUAUUAAUUUAGAUUUAUCUGAACCUGCUAAAAUGAUUAUGGAGUAUGGAGAUUAUACAAGGCAUAGAAAGGCAACGGAAUGCUGGAUUUGCAAAAAAGAUUUUCCAGAUCAAAAGAAAAUCAAGAUAAUGGUAUGUUGCCCCAAUACUGGAAAUUAUGUAGGGGCAUCUCAUAGAGAGUGUAAAAAUAAAAACGAAAUAAUUGGACCAAAAUGGUAUCAGCAACCAAGCAUAGGAGAUAAUGUAACAUUCAAAGAGGCUAAAGAAUGCAUGUAUUGUAAAGAAAAGGAUAUGCUAGAUAUAGGGCUAUCCAAAGUUCAGGAUCAUUGCCAUAUUAGUGGAAAAUAUAGAGGCCCAGCUCACAGCAAUUGCAAUAAAAAAUUACAAAUGGGACCAUUUAAAACCAAAGUACCUCUUAUCUGUCAUAAUUUCCAAGGCUAUGAUUCUCAUUUACUUAUAGAAGUUGUUAGCAGAUUUACUUCCAAUAGGCUUAAAUGCAUUCCGGAAAACGUAGGCAAAUAUAAGGCUAUGGAUGUUGGUCAAUUGCACUUUUUAGAUAGCUUUCAACAUAUGUCUAUGGGGCUUGAUAAGCUUGUUGAGUGUAUGAACAGCAAUCUAGAAAAAAAAGAUUUCUAUUCUCUACUUAACCAGCAAAACAUUAGUAAGGCAGACUAUGCCUAUGCUCAAGAAGUCUGGCAAAAAUUUGAAAUGAAAACUUUUAGUGAAUAUCAUGAUUUAUAUCUUGAAACAGAUGUACUCCUACUUGUGGACGUUUUUAUGAAUUAUACCAUUAUGUGUUUGAAAGAUGAUGGCUUAGGCCCAUCCCAUUAUGUUUCAGCCCCCGGUAUGUUUAAUGAUUCCUUAUACAAAAGUAGUGGGGCUGAAAUAAAACUUCUGACAGACCUAGAUCAAUAUAUGUUAGUAGAGAGAGGCAUUUGUGGGGGCAUGUCUAUGGUUAGUCAACGUUAUGCCAAAGCUAAUAACCCACAAUGUCCUGAUUAUGAUGAAAACAAGCCAAAUUCAUGGGUUAUGUAUGAGGAUAUGAAUGCCUUAUAUUCUGGUGCCAUGAUGCAAUAUUUACCAACAGAAAUUUUAGGUAAGGUAGCCCCUGAGGCAAUUCCUAAUAUUUUAGAAAUUCCAAUUGACUCUGAAGAGGGCUAUUUACUUGAAGUUGAUAUGGAAGUUCUGUUAAACUUGCAUGAUUUAUUCAAUGAUUACCCAUUAGCACCUGAAAAAGCAAAUGGAAAAUGUCCUGAUGAGGACAAAAAACUUAAACGUCUUACUGUAUCUCCUUUAUAUGUAGACUUAUUUCUAAUGAAAGAUGAGUGUAAGGGGAUCCCGAUUAGUGAAGCUGUAUGUUUAAAGCUGAAAGUGUAUUCAGUUCUUCCAGUUGGUCAUGAUCCCAAAACGCCAAAAACAGAGGCGGAUUUUGAAAAAGAGUUAGAAGAAGAAGGUUGGCAGAAAAAGCAUGGCAUACAAAAGGCCAAGGGCGUUAAAAAAUCCGUAGUAAAAAGGGAGCUUCGUCAUGACAAGUUUUUAGAAUGCUUAAAGACUCGAAAAAUUACUAGGCACGACAUGUAUGGGCUUCGGCUAAAUCCUUAUGACAAUAAGCGCUGGAUUUUAUCUGACGGAAUCCGAACUUUACCUUAUGGGCAUUGGAGAAUUCGUGCAUAUAAAAAGUUUGUUGCAUCAGGGGUAAUUCCUGAAGAAGCAGAAAAAAGGGCUAUGAAAUUAACACUCAAACCCGAAAAUCAAUAA